GCUGUUCACUGCCCUCCUCUCUCUCUCUCCCUCUCCACCCUCCCUCACUCCCAAAGAGCACCACAACCCCCACUACCUUUCUCUCUCUUUUUGCUGCCCCACCCGAAGAGAGAACCAUUCAUUGGGAGCUCCUCUUCGUCUCUCCUCUCUUCUUCUUCUUCUCGGCCAUGCUGGACGCCGGAAAGCUCCCCAUGUCCUCGAGCUUUGGCUCCGAUCUGAAGGGCUUUUUCGCCGUGGUCAGGACCCGGCGGACGAAGCUCUUCGCCUACGGCUUCGCCUUCGCCUUUGUCGCCUGCACCGUUUUCCUCGCCUUCAAUCCUUCCACCAACGGCUCCCCUUUGUUCAACAACUUCCUCACCUCUUCCUCCUUCUCCUCUUCCACCGCCCCCUAUAGAUCCCAGAUUUCCUCUCUCUUUUCAUAUAUAUUCCCCAAUUCCUCUUCGCCGUCCCCCGGAAAGUCGCCUCCUUUGCUGGGAUAUCCUUCCAAGGAAGUGUCGGCAGGGGGGAAUCAGACCGAGAAUAGCGUCGAGUCGCACAAAGAUGGGAUUUUGGCAAGUAAAAAUCACACGGAACCCGGAAUUGGGCUGCAGAGAAGUGGAGUUUCCGAGAACAAAGGAACGGAAAACGGGGUUUCGGCCAAGAAUCCAGUGGAAGGGGUAGCUGCGACGAAGAAAGGUAAAGACUUGGCGGCGGAGAAGAACCAGACGAAAGAGGAAAGUGGAGUGAGCGGAGUUUCCGGGAAGAACCAGACGGGAAAUGGGAUUCCUCAAAAGAAUCAGGCGAAAAAUGAAGUCGGCUUUAAGAAUAAUGGAGUCUCGCUGGAGAAAAACCAGACAGUAAAUGGAGUUGGAUUGCAGGGAAGUGGAGUUCUUUCAAAGAAUCACACCGGAAAGGGAGUUGCUUCGAAUGGAAAUGGAGUUCCGGGAAAUAAUCAGAAGGUAUCAAGAGAUGGUCCUCAGGAAAAGGGAGCUUCGAAAAAGAAGCAAUCAGCCAAUGGAGUUUCCUCAAGUCCGAAGAGCAGCGAAGCUCCGGCGAAGGCCGAACAAAGAGCUUCAAACUCGACAGCUUCACUUGGAAAGCAAAAUGAUUCGACUGCAUCGACCCCGAGUGGUGGCAUUCAGAAGGGAGAUGACUGGAUCAAUGCUUUGAAGAGCUGUGAUAUAUUCCAAGGGAAUUGGGUGAAGGACGAUUCAUACCCGCUUUAUCCCGAGGGAUCUUGCCCUCACAUUGAUGAACCUUUCAACUGCUAUCUCAAUGGAAGGCCGGAUCGAGCUUACCAGAAACUCCGGUGGAAGCCCGAUGGUUGCGACAUCCCGAGAUUGAAUGCAACUGAUAUGUUAGAGAGAUUGAGGGAAAAGAGGCUAGUUUUUGUCGGCGAUUCGCUCAAUAGAAACAUGUGGGAGUCUCUGGUUUGUGCUCUAAGUAACUCUGUGAAGGAUAAAAAGAAGGUUUUCGAGGCAUCUGGUAGGCAUGAAUUCAGGACUGAGGGUUCCUACUCUUUUAUAUUCAAGGACUAUAACUGCUCUGUGGAGUUCUUUCGCUCCCCAUUUCUUGUUCAGGAGUGGGAGAUGCCAGUAAGCAAUGGGAAGACAAAAGAAACGCUUAGGCUCGACACAAUUGAGAGAUCAUCUCCCAGGUAUAAGAAUGCAGAUGUCAUUGUCUUCAAUACGGGGCACUGGUGGACGCAUGAGAAGACCUCCAAAGGGAAAGAUUACUACCAAGAAGGAGACCAUGUCUAUGGUGAACUCAAUGUUGUGGAAGCAUUUCAUAAGGCUCUUAAUACAUGGGCAAAAUGGGUGGACACCAAUGUGAACCCUAAGAAAACACUUGUUUUCUUCAGAGGCUACUCUGCCUCCCAUUUCAGUGGGGGUCAAUGGAAUUCCGGUGGCCAAUGUGACAAAGAGACAGAGCCCAUUAAGAACAAGAAGUAUCUCUCCACCUAUCCACCUAAGAUGCUCGUCUUAGAAAAGGUUAUCAAGGGAAUGAAGACUCCUGUCUCUUACUUGAAUAUCACAAGAAUGACCGAUUACAGGAAAGAUGCCCACCCUUCCAUAUAUCGUAAGCAAAAUCUUACUGAGGAGGAGAGGAGGUCCCCUGAGAGGUACCAGGACUGCAGCCACUGGUGCCUGCCAGGAGUGCCUGAUUCUUGGAAUGAGCUACUAUAUGCACAGCUAUUGAUUAAACAACAUCAACUAGUACAGUGAAUUGACAAUAAAGAGAUGGAUGGUAAAUUGGUGGAUGCUUGCAUAUUAAAUCUAUAUCGCAGAAACAAAUAACCAAGGAGGGAUCUAAGUUUCUCUGUCUUUAUAAAGAGAAACAAAGUGAGUUUUAUUGAAGAAGAAAGGUUUAGACAUAAGUUUUUUAUGUACCACAGAGGAAAGUAAGCUGUUUUGGUGAUCUCCCUCAUCCAUACACAAUUCUUUUAAGCCUUUUUAGGCUAGUAGAGUGUAAAGUUUAUGUAAUGUGUUAAUUUGAAAUAAAGAAUGCCAUAUCUGUGAUUAUAAA